UCUGACACCAACCUUGACUAUCCACGUCGCCGCGGCCACCGCCUUGCCGCCAUGAGCACAUCCUUCAGCUUCUUCUCAAAACCAAAAUCCUCGAAGCCGGCGGGAAGCGGGACGACUGUCGCAGUGCGGACGGUCGUAAAGCGAGUACCGCCGCCUACCGCGGCUCAGGGACCUGCGGAAGGUAGAAUCAAGGUCGUCGCGAGCGACGCCACCCCUGCGUCUUCGGUCUCGUCGGGAUCGAAACGCAAACUUGAGGUUCCUGAGGUACCGCGUGAGGUGAAGAAACUGCGAACGUCGGCUUCGCCUGGUGUUGAAUCCGCGUCGCGUGCUUCAAGCGCGAUACCCUCCGCUCGUAGCUCAGUGCCUUUAACCGAGUCUUCGCUCGCACCUGGACCUUCAAGAAGUUUAUCUCCUCUAACGUCGGCCUCUUCUCGCUUGACACCCGACGAUGCCCUGCCGGUCGCUCGCAGCUGUUGGUCCGAAGAAGACGGCCGCCCAGGUCCUGGCUUCACGAGCAGCGAGGAUAUCGUGCGGAGAGUUAUGAAGGGAUAUGUUGCAUUUUUCAAGAACCCGGAUGACCCGGAGGAUAAGUCUUUCCAGCCGCACCCGACGAGAUAUCCUGUUGCUGAACUGGAAUACCCCAACACCUUUGCUGCUGAAAAGUUUAUAUUACUUGAGCCUCGGGACAAGGAUCAUUAUAACCCUGUCGUUGACUUGCAACAGACACUCCACACAAUCAUUGAACAGUAUCUUACCCCAGAGCAACAGUCCCUAUUUGGAACUCUUCCCGACGACUCAAUAAGGCGGACCGUCGACUCCGAUUCCGAUUCUGAGGGCGAGUCGCCACCGCGGAAAGGUGUAAUAUUAGGCUCUCCACACUCGGCUGUAUCAACCCCCUCUUCUCAUAAAUCCGAUGCUUCAAGCUCAUCACUUUCCUCGCUGACUUCGAUAUCGUCAACGUCCUCCGUGUUUUCUACGCUAUCAUCUGUUUCUUCGCUGACUUCAAUAUCCGACCUUGAACAUCUCGCAGAGGCUCAUUCACAUGGUCUUCCCCACGUCAACUAUCUCCGACUCUUUCGACGCGCUAUCUAUAAUCAUGAUGGUCCUCUCUUUCUGAGAGUAAUGAACGCCAUUAACGCCCUCUUACGUGCCCUCAAAUACCCUCAACUUCCGGCAGAUGCGUUCGAGCCUGUGCCUGGCAAUGCGCUGCGCGACGCUGUCCGGUCGUGGCCUCGAACAGAGAUACCCCAUCCUGUCAUCCUCCGAAUAAUGGACGAGACGUAUCAACGCGCCGUAGGGCCCGGCGCUAACCAACUUAACGUCUACAAGCCCGCUUCUUCCGAGAUCUACGGCGAGCUUCUGCCUUCGUUUGUAACGAAUCUCAUCAAGGAUACAAGCCUUAGUGCAGAUCACCUCUUCCUCGACCUCGGCUCGGGCGUCGGCAACGUUGUCUUGCAGGCAAGCCUGACGACCGGGUGCCGAAGCUACGGCAUAGAGCUCAAUUCUACACCAGCGAAACUGGCACGGGAUCAACUGGAACAGUUUCGAAUACGCUGCAGAAUGUGGGGCUUGGCUAUGGGCGAGGUUGAGCUCGAGGAGGGCAGCAUGCUAACGAGUCAGCGGACGGAUGAGCUGAUUAGACAAGCGGACGUUAUCCUUGUGAACAAUAAGGCGUUCGAAGAGACGCUUAAUGAUGCUCUGCGGCUAAAAUUCCUUGAUCUCAAGGAAUCCGUUAUCGUCGUCUCGUUGCGUCCAUUCAAACCUCCAACACGGAAGGUGAACGAUCGAAACAUGGGUGAUCCUGGUGGUAUUUUUAAUGUAACGGAGCGCACAUACCCUCGGGACAGCGUCUCCUGGACCGACAACGCCGGUGUGUACUACCUACAUCGUGUCGACCGGCGACAGCUGCAAACGUACGAGCGAGAAGGUUCGACGACAAGGUCGACAAGAAGCUCGCGUUCGAGAAGGUGAUUUGGCGUUUAGACAACAGUUCUAGGACUAGGGACAAUUGGGACCCUUGUGGUUUAUACGCGCGUCGCUUUCGGAUGACAUGGUCUACCAUACUCGCUAUAAUUCGCACUAUAUCUUGCUUGUUGUACCGUGUUACCUUAAUACUGACUGUUGUUCUUUGAUGAUAUCCGAAGACUGUAACAAUACUGACUUCUAAUCACAAUAGGCGCUGAUAUCAUCGCUUGCGCCGAGUAGCAACUGU